CUCCUAGCGACCCUUGCCUGCCCCGCCAGGGGGAGCGUCUGCGCUCGACUGUUGGCUGACGGGACCCAGCAAGCGACGUAGGGCGGCGGCUCGGCGGCGCGGCUCCCCUCCCGCGUCCCCACCCCCUCCCCGCCCGCCCCCGGCGCGGCCCUGCCCGCCCCCUCCGCCCCCUCCCGCGGCGCCAUGCGCAGACUCAGUUCCUGGAGAAAGAUGGCGACAGCCGAGAAGCAGAAACACGACGGGCGGGUGAAAAUCGGCCACUACAUCCUGGGGGACACGCUGGGGGUCGGGACCUUCGGCAAAGUGAAGGUUGGCAAACAUGAAUUGACUGGUCAUAAAGUUGCUGUGAAGAUACUCAAUCGACAGAAGAUUCGAAGCCUUGAUGUAGUAGGAAAAAUCCGCAGAGAAAUUCAGAACCUCAAGCUUUUCAGGCAUCCUCAUAUAAUUAAAUUGUACCAGGUCAUCAGUACACCAUCUGAUAUUUUCAUGGUGAUGGAAUAUGUUUCAGGAGGCGAGCUAUUUGAUUAUAUCUGUAAAAAUGGAAGGCUGGAUGAAAAAGAAAGUCGACGUCUCUUCCAACAAAUCCUUUCUGGUGUGGAUUAUUGUCACAGGCAUAUGGUGGUCCACAGAGAUUUGAAACCUGAAAAUGUCCUGCUUGAUGCACACAUGAAUGCAAAAAUAGCUGACUUCGGUCUUUCAAACAUGAUGUCAGAUGGUGAAUUUUUAAGAACGAGUUGUGGCUCACCCAACUAUGCUGCACCAGAAGUAAUUUCAGGAAGGUUGUAUGCUGGUCCAGAGGUAGAUAUAUGGAGCAGUGGGGUUAUUCUCUAUGCUUUACUAUGUGGAACACUUCCAUUUGAUGAUGAUCAUGUGCCAACUCUUUUUAAGAAGAUUUGUGAUGGGAUCUUUUAUACCCCUCAGUAUUUAAAUCCUUCUGUGAUUAGCCUUUUGAAACAUAUGUUACAGGUGGAUCCCAUGAAGAGAGCCACAAUCAAAGAUAUCAGGGAACAUGAAUGGUUUAAACAGGACCUUCCAAAAUAUCUCUUUCCUGAGGAUCCAUCGUAUAGUUCAACCAUGAUUGAUGAUGAAGCCUUAAAAGAAGUAUGUGAAAAAUUUGAAUGCUCAGAAGAGGAGGUUCUCAGCUGCCUUUAUAACAGAAAUCACCAGGACCCUUUGGCAGUUGCCUACCACCUUAUAAUAGAUAACAGGAGAAUAAUGAAUGAGGCCAAAGAUUUUUACUUGGCAACAAGCCCACCUGAUUCUUUUCUUGAUGAUCACCAUUUGACUCGGCCCCAUCCUGAAAGAGUACCGUUUUUGGUUGCUGAAACUCCAAGGGCACGCCAUACCCUUGAUGAAUUAAAUCCACAAAAAUCCAAACACCAAGGUGUAAGGAAAGCAAAAUGGCAUUUGGGAAUUAGAAGUCAAAGUCGACCCAAUGAUAUCAUGGCAGAAGUUUGUAGAGCAAUUAAACAACUGGAUUAUGAGUGGAAGGUUGUAAAUCCAUAUUAUUUGCGUGUUCGAAGGAAGAAUCCUGUGACAAGUACAUACUCCAAAAUGAGUCUACAAUUAUACCAAGUGGAUAGUAGGACGUACUUAUUGGAUUUCCGUAGUAUUGAUGAUGAAAUUACUGAAGCCAAAUCAGGGACUGCUACUCCACAGAGAUCGGGCUCAGUUAGCAACUAUCGAGCUUGCCAAAGGAAUGAUUCAGAUGCUGAGGCUCAAGGAAAAUCCUCAGAAGCUUCUCUUACCUCAUCUGUAACCUCACUUGACUCUUCUCCUGUUGACUUAACUCCAAGACCUGGAAGUCACACAAUAGAAUUUUUUGAGAUGUGUGCGAAUCUAAUUAAAAUUCUUGCACAGUAAACCUAAAACUUUGCUUAUUUCUUUGAUAGCAAUAAGCAUGUAUAGUAAAUCAUAGCCAAAUGAUUUCACUUAUAGUCAAGUUAUACAUAAUUAUAACUAAGGAUUGGCCUUUUGGAAUGCAGUUUGCACAGGGAUUGGAACAUGAUUAAUAGUGAAAAGCAUAAUGUGCAAAAAUAUAAUAAUUUUGUUCAUUGUUCAGUAGGUAUAUAGAAUAAUAUACGCAAUGAAUUAUAAGUCUCUCAGGCUCACUUGAUUUUGGCUAUUUUAUAUUUAGUGUAUACAGGGCUUUAUAGAAUAUUAAUUUACCAUAAAGGCCUUCCUAUGUUAUUACAUGUUGAUGUGUUAUAUAUUUGCUUCAUAAAUUCAUUUGAUAAAUAUUUGCCUAGAAUCCCCAGAGACUUUUAUAGGUGAUUUUGUUUUCUGGGCUCGUUCUUAAGCAGCAAGUAUUUUCAGCCAUGGGGACAGCCUGGAUAAUUCUUCCAUAUCCCCUCUGUAAUAUUCUGUAGUAUAUGGUAAGUCUUAUUAAAAAUAUUGGACACAAUUAAAUUUUUUUCUUUAGUUUGAUAAG